AUGGGUUCGGCUGCGGGGCGGCGACCUCUGCCCCCGUCCACGCUUCGCAUCCCCUUGGCGCUGGGCGCCGGGUACGGCGUUUUCUUUUUCGAGCGCGCCGCGCCUCUGCGGCUGGUGGUGCUGCUCCUGUCACUAUUUCACUGUGUCGUGGGGCCGGCGUGCGCGGUGGCCUUCCUCGGCCCUUCCUCACGGGGGGGCCUCCUCGGCCUCCUCGGCCUCCUCGGCAGCUUCGACAGCCUCGACAGCCUCGACAGCCUCGACUGCUUGACGCACGCGACUCGCGCGGCACCCGUCGUUUUGCUCGCCGGGCGGCCCCCACGCCGCCCCGUCUCGCGCUUCCUCGCGUGCUCGGGCCUCGGCGGGCAGCGCCUCGGCUGGACCUUUGUCGCGUCGGCAAAUAGAAUUGAAAUUCUUUUUGCCUUUCCUUGCUUCUUCGAGCAACGAUAUGGCCCAGCAAAUCGCGGCCGGGUGAGCGGAGACUCUCUAUUGUCCGCUCGGAAGCAGAUUGCGCUUGUGCGCGCCUACCGCGCUCGGCAGAGGACCGGCGUCCGGCCUCCAAAGGAGCGCACCAGCUUCCGGAGAAAGUCAAACGGCGCGGACGCCGCUGCAGAGGCUGCCUCAAGUGAGCUUGGCGAGCUGCCGCGGGGCAAGUACAACACCACGGCCGUCCCAUUACUGCUCGUUGACGGCUACAACGUCAUCGGCUAUUGGGCCCGGCUGAAGAAGCGUCCCCAGUCUGCGCCGCACAACGGCGGGUGGAGCGCUCCGCCUAACCUCACCUUGCCUUCGCUCGACAGGCUGCUGCUGGACGACUUGGUCGAGUACAACUCGCCCAAGCGGUACGACAUUGUCGUCGUGUUCGACUCGGCGGGCACCGGCUCGCGCAGUGAUCACGUCGAGUCAUAUCUCGGCCUCGGCGUCGUCUUCACGCCAUCUGCGGAUCUCUACAUUGAGCAGGAGCUGCGCAGGAUCGCGGCCGAGGGGCAGCGGCCUGUAUGGGCCGCCACGGCGGACCGCGCGAUCCAGGUCGCCGCGACCAACUACGGAGCCAAUGUCAUGUCGACGAAGCGGCUCGUCGAGGAGCUCAAGGGCAGCCGCGCCGCCUCGGCCACCCUGGUGGGCGAGUGGAACCGGCAGGAGAGCUCGCGGCGCCCCGUCUUCCUGGAGGACCAGGUGGGGGCGGUGCAGAGAGGAGUGCUCUCCGGCAGCUUGCAGGGCAAGCUGACGCAGCGCGAGCGCAAGGCGCUGGAGCGAGGGGUGGAGUAG